AUGGUCCGUGAUGGCCUUGCUCGCCUCCGCAGACAAGCAGAGAACAAUCCCUCGUCUGAUGUGGCCCGCCAGCGAUACAUGGAUGCCCUCGCCCGGCACGCUCCGCAGCAGCUCGUCGACUUGGUCAACGCAGGCUCAGUCGCUCGCACACCUGCCACUCUCGCCGCGUACACCAACGCGCUCGCUCGCCUUGGUCGUCUGGAUGCUGCAAAGUUUGAGGAGAUCAACGCUCUUCACCGUGCCGCAAGCCCCGCUCCGCCAACAGGUCCGUCGUCAGCCUUUGCCUCGCCUUCAUCAGCCUCGCUCCUGCAAAGCUCCAGUAUGGGUGGAGCGGGAGCUGGGCAGGGCUUUAUGGCAGGCGCGGUGCCAGCAGCGGGCGGCAUGGCCGCGCUGGGCACCCGCCAGGCUCCGCUCUUCGUCCAAUCGGAGGCGCCGUCGCGGGCAAGCCAGGCCGCCAAGCUCAGCCUGCAAGUCCUCGCCUGGCUCUUUCUCGGCUCGCUUGUCACCGGCAUGAUCAUGGAUGCGCCGUCGUCGGGCUCGUCGGGCGGCUCGCUGUCCAAGGCCAUGUCGGCAGGCAAAGAGGAGGUGGUGCCAUGGGAUGGCGAGACGGUGACCUUUGCCGACGUCCAGGGCGUCGACGAGGCCAAGGAUGACCUCCAGGAAGUCGUCGCCUUUCUCAAGUCGCCGGACAAGUUCUCGACCCUUGGUGGCAAGCUACCCAAGGGCGUACUCCUCGUCGGCUCCCCAGGCACCGGCAAGACCCUCCUCGCCCGCGCUGUCGCCGGCGAGGCUGGUGUUCCGUUCUACUACGCCUCGGGCUCGGAGUUUGACGAGAUGUAUGUCGGCGUCGGCGCCCGCCGCGUCCGCAACCUGUUCGAGGCCGCCAAGGCCAAUGCGCCGUGCAUUGUCUUUAUUGACGAGAUCGACGCCGUCGGCUCCAAGCGCAUCGACCGCGACUCGCGCCUUUACCAUAUGACCCUCAACCAGCUCCUCACCGAGAUGGACGGCUUUGAGACGACUGCCGGUGUCGUCGUCAUUGCCGCCACCAACACGCCCGAGCGCCUGGACGCCGCACUGGUGCGGCCGGGCCGCUUCGACCGCAUGGUCGUUGUCCCGCUCCCGGACGUCUCUGGCCGCGUCGACAUUCUCGGCGUCCACCUCCGCGAUGUACCUGUCGACGACUCGGUCGACGUCUCGCGCCUCGCCCGUGGCACGCCCGGCAUGUCGGGCGCCGAGCUCGCCAACGUCGUCAAUACCGCCGCCCUCCGCGCCGCCCGCGACGGCCGCCCCGCCGUCAGUAUGAACGACCUCGAACUCGCCAAGGAGAAGAUCAUCAUGGGCGAGCCGGCAAAGUCGUUUGGCUACACCGACGAUGUCAAGCGGACCGUCGCCUACCACGAGGGCGGCCACGCCCUCGUCGCCCUCUUCACCCCGGCUGCCGUCCCGCUCCACAAAGUCUCCAUCAUCCCGCGCCGCUCCAUCGGCGCCCUCGGCGUCACCUCGCAGCUGCCCGAGAACGACGACCCCAACUGGUCGCUACAGCAGCUCGAGGCUACACUCGACGUCUGCAUGGGCGGCCGCGUCUCCGAAGAGCUCGUCCUCGGCGAGCAUGCCGUCACCCUCGGCGCUUCCUCCGAUCUGCAAAAGGCCACAGACGUUGCCUACAAGAUGGACACCGCGCUCGGCUCCUCGCCCCGCCUCCGCUCGCUCAUCGAGGACGAGGUCGCCCGCCUCCUCGCUGAGUCGUACGCUCGCGCAAAGUCACUUCUGCUCUCGCACCGCCACGAGCUCGACCUCCUCGCCGACGCCCUCUUGGAGAAGGAGACCCUCGACGCCGAUGAAGUCCGCACCAUCAUCGGUCGCUCGUGA